UUUCGGGUCGCUGGGCUUGAAACGCGUGGGACCGCCCCCUCGUCACUGGGGGUGGGGUUACGUGUAGGUGACGUGGCCGCUUCCAGUCUUUGGUCGGGUUUCGGCGGCUUCAGUGCUCGGGGAGGAGGCAGUGACGGCCGGUGAGAUUGGAAGUGGCGGCGGCGGCAGGCGGCAGAGGGGAGUCCGAGGUUAUGCGUCUCAAUGAUCCCGCGGAAACGCUACGGGUCUAAGAACACGGAUCAGGGUGUCUACCUGGGUCUCUCAAAGACACAGGUCCUGUCCCCUGCAACUGCUGGCAGUAGCAGCAGCGACAUCGCCCCUCUGCCCCCCCCAGUGACCCUCGUCCCUCCCCCUCCCGACACCAUGUCCUGCCGGGAUCGGACCCAGGAGUUUCUGUCUGCCUGCAAGUCGCUGCAGACCCGUCAGAAUGGAAUCCAGACAAAUAAGCCAGCUUUGCGUGCUGUCCGACAACGCAGUGAAUUCACCCUCAUGGCCAAGCGCAUUGGGAAAGACCUUAGCAACACAUUUGCCAAGCUGGAGAAGCUGACAAUCUUGGCAAAGCGCAAGUCCCUCUUUGAUGAUAAAGCAGUGGAAAUUGAAGAGCUAACAUAUAUCAUCAAACAGGACAUCAAUAGCCUCAACAAACAAAUUGCUCAGCUCCAGGAUUUCGUGAGGGCCAAGGGCAGCCAGAGUGGCCGGCACCUGCAGACCCACUCCAACACCAUUGUGGUCUCCUUGCAGUCGAAACUGGCUUCUAUGUCCAAUGACUUCAAAUCGGUUUUAGAAGUGAGGACAGAGAACCUGAAGCAGCAGAGGAGCCGGAGAGAGCAGUUCUCCCGGGCACCUGUGUCAGCCCUGCCCCUUGCCCCUAACCACCUGGGCGGUGGUGGUGCUGUGGUUUUGGGGGCAGAGUCCCAUGCCUCCAAGGAUGUCGCCAUCGACAUGAUGGACUCUCGGACCAGCCAGCAGCUGCAGCUCAUUGACGAGCAGGAUUCCUACAUCCAGAGUCGGGCAGACACCAUGCAGAACAUUGAGUCGACAAUUGUUGAGCUGGGCUCCAUCUUUCAGCAGUUGGCACACAUGGUUAAGGAACAGGAGGAAACCAUUCAGAGGAUCGACGAGAACGUGCUAGGAGCCCAGCUGGACGUUGAGGCCGCCCAUUCAGAGAUCCUCAAGUACUUCCAGUCAGUCACCUCCAACCGGUGGCUCAUGGUCAAAAUCUUCCUCAUCCUCAUUGUCUUCUUCAUCAUCUUUGUGGUCUUCCUUGCUUGAACCCUCUCUACUCUGAGGCACUCUGUUGGGGUUUGGGACCCUCCUGGGAAGGCAAGUGGCCAGUGCUGCCACUGAGCCUGUGCAGGGUACUUGGGAGAAAGGCCCUGUUUCCCUGGAACUGCUAAGAAUGGCCACUGCCCCUGAUCCCCCACCCCUUGCCUCUGGCCACCCUGUCCUCCCCCCACCACCCUCAGGCCUAUGAAACACACAGGGUUCUAGAUUUGAACUCUGCUGUGAAGUGACUGGAAGGGAGCAGAGGCCAGCUGGGGGCCAGUGGGGGAGGUUGUUUCCACUAGGAGAUUUUUAUAAACCCUCUCCAGCCUCUCCCAAAGGAAGCGUUGGCAGCAAAGGGAGAUGAUGCCCUUACCCACCUUCCUGUGAGUGAAGAGAGGAAGCAGCCCCAGGGACCAAUUUUCCCAAUUGACCUCUUUCUUCCUCUUUCACCAUGUGAGGCAGGGAGCCCUGAGCCCUUCAGCUGCCUGCACAACCCCCGACAUUGGCUGCUGGUGACUCAAUCUGCCAAAUGUGCUGCAGCCCAUUUUCUCCCAAUUACAGCAAGACUGUCAGCCUCA